UAAAUAGGCCUGUGAAUAAUUUCGCUUUUUCUCCAAAUAAACAAAUUAAAAAAAGAAACAGUAAGUAAAAAGAAUUGAAAGAGUUAACAACAUGGCUCAUAAAUCAAAAUAUAGCCGGGAUUGUAAAUUGGAUUUAUUUUUAUUAUCGUAAUAUUAAUGUUGGUAUCUAUUGGAAUAAAAAUUACGUAUAUUAUCAUUAUGUACAAUGAUUUCUCGAAAAUAUAUUUUAAUAUUAGCCGGUUUAAUUAUAUUAUUUUAUACAAUAGCUAUAAAUAAUAUUUUAAACAAUGAUCAAAUUAGUUUUAUAUUUAAAUAUAAAUCAAAUAAUAUAUUAUCACAAUCAUCAAUAAUACUACCACCAUUAUAUAUAAUAACACCAACAUUUAGGCGGCCAGAACAAUUAGCAGAAUUAACAAGAUUGGGUUAUACAUUAAAACAUAUUAAAAAUUUAUUAUGGUUAGUUAUAGAAGAUUCAAAUGAACCAUCAAAAUUAGUUAUAAAAACUUUAGAUAGAAUAAAAGUUCCAUAUAUAUAUUUACAAUCACCAAUGCCUGAUAUUUAUAAAAAGAAAAAAGGUGCUAAACCGCGUGGUGUUGCAAAUCGUAAUAGAGGUUUAAAAUGGUUAAGAGAUAAUAUAAAAAAUAAUACAGAAAAUUCUCAAAUGAUGGGUGUUUUUUAUUUUGCUGAUGAUGAUAACACAUAUGAUAUUUCAUUAUUUGAAGAAAUACGAUAUACAAAAAAAGUUUCAUUUUUUCCAGUAGGUUUAGUUACUAAAUUAGGUGUAAGUAGUCCAAUUUUAAAAAAUGGUAAAUUUGAUGGUUGGUAUGAUGGAUGGAUAGGUAAACGUAAAUAUGCUGUUGAUAUGGCUGGUUUUGCAGUAAGUGUUUCAUUUCUAUUUCAAAGGCCAACAGCUAAAAUGCCAUUUACACCCGGUUAUGAAGAAGAUGGUUUUUUAAAGAGUUUACAUCCAAUUAAUUCAACUGAUAUUGAAUAUUUAGCAAAUAAAUGUACAGAAAUUUUAUGUUGGCAUACACAAACUAAAAAAAAUAAUAAUCCAACAAAGUUAAUAUUAAAUAAAUAUAAAGAAACAAAUUUAGUUGAAUUAACCAAAAUGUUAAUUAAUAAAACAGAAAAUUGAUAAUUUUAUCUAAUCAUAACAGAUAGUUAAUCAUAAUAGAAUCUUAUUAUUGAAUCUAUUCUAAUCUUAAACAUAAAAUGUAAAAAUAUUUCAUAAAUAUUGGUGAAAUUAAAAUUAUAAAAAUAUGUGAAAUGAAAUG